UCAAGUGUACGUAAUUUCCGCUUUUACAUUUCUGCUAGUAAAUCGAGUAGCACGAGAAUUUUUGGAGAAAGACCACCGUGAACCAAUUAUCAAAAACAUGCAGUCUCACACAAUCCUGCUGGUCCAGCCUACCAAGAGGCCAGAGGGAAGGACGUAUGCUGAUUAUGAAUCAGUCAACGAAUGCAUGGAAGGUGUGUGUAAGAUGUACGAGGAGCACCUAAAGCGAAUGAACCCCAACAGUCCAUCAAUCACGUAUGACAUCAGUCAGCUGUUUGACUUCAUCGAUGACCUGGCUGAUCUCAGUUGCCUGGUGUACCGCGCGGACACACAGACAUAUCAGCCCUACAACAAGGACUGGAUCAAAGAGAAGAUCUACGUCCUGCUUCGUCGCCAGGCUCAGCAGGCUGGGAAAUGAGACCAUGGCCGCGUUCCAGGCUGACCGGCCUGCAGGCGCACGCAGGACCUUGCCGCGCCGCCAACGAGAAGGCUUGCAGCCAUUGGACGCAAACGUCUGCAGUGUGGUUUGCCUGUAACGUGACCGGUCUUUGGUGUCACUUCAGAGGUUAUUAGGGUGGGGGUGGGGUUGUUGGAUUGGAAGGGAGAUGGGUUGAGUUGUUAGUCAGGGAUAUUUUACUGUUAUAAGUUGCUUUAAUGAGAGAUCUUUUGUAGUGGGAUGGGUCGAUGCAGUGUGAAUUGUUUUAAUUGUUGGUAUUUAAAAAUGUUUCCUCCUUUAUGAAGUUUUUGUCUUUACUUAAAAUAAAACACCCCAAAAAGGAUGGGUU